AUGGACUCUGAACGUUCUGUCGAUCAACCUCUAGGCGUAGGUGAUCCUGUCACCGUUCCAGACAUCGACCAAGUGAUAAACGACACCCAGCCAGGGUCUCCGCCCCCUCCGGUGCCGGUUGACUCUACCGACCCGAGUGUGGGGGACUCUACGGUGCUUGAUGACGCUUCGCCUGUCAAUGAUGAAGAACCUAUUGACUGCGAAGUGACCGUACUAUCCCACCAUAUUCCCGCAGGCGGAUAUCUCUCGACUAAGCUCGUGAAACGUUUGUUCCCUCACACCUUCAAAGAGAAGCCUCACGUACUUCGCCGUCUCCCAGUUAUCGAGGUGAUGCGUCUAGAACACGCCGUGGCAUUCCGACAGGCCUCUCAUACCAUCAUCGAUCAACUCAUUCGUGGACAAUACACCGCUACUGAGAACACGGCGCCUCCUACCCCUGAAGGCUCUAUGCCUGGCGCGAUUCUUCCGCGAGUCCGCGCUCAGUUGCCCGUCUUGUACCAGGUUGUCAACAAAGGACUCGGCCAAGGCGUCAUUCUAGAGGCUAAGAUUUCUUUAUUCCUGGCCCCGACCGACGUGAGCUCCAUCUCAUCGUUCUCAGUAUGCAACGAACGUCGAAAGCAAUUCCUGAGGAUUCUAUCGGUUACUCCUCUCUGUAAAGGACCUUGUGUGAGUCUACACCGUAGAACCAACUAUGGCGGACAUGGCGCUCAAGCAGGCCCGUAUUCCGAAGGCAAACGCUCUUGACAGACGAUUUCCGCUUUUCUUCCGAGCGAAAGAGUUCACGUUCGUUCCUCCUCGGCUGACCACCUGACGAACGCUCGGUAUCGUCCUUUCCGUCGUAGCACGAGAUGCGCAGACGAAGCUCUGCUUGCUGGUGCGUGAUUUCCUACCAGCUCAUCCAGAGGAAGGGAUGCUCCCCCUGCGAGUGUUCAAACUCACCAACACCGAAAAGGAAUGGAUCGCAGACAGGGCGGCCUCGUUCACCAACUACCCGCGCAACCCGGCAGAAGCUCGACGACGCAUGGCGCAGCUCUUCAACGCCGCUUGCUCGGCGUUGGUCGCAGUCAACGCUUUGGAUGACGACAAAUCGACCCAUAGGCUUACCGCCACCGUUCCGAGCAUGGGCGCGUUCCCCUUCCGCUUCGACUUUGUUAUCACUGAUAUGUCUUCAGACAAUGACGUUAUCCCGGUGGACGUAUGUGUGAAGCUUGGAUCUCGACCGUCAGGAGCCGAGCCGCUGUACGAACUAACCUCGCAGCAUCAGUUGUUCGGACGUGUCGACGAGGACUCCCUAGCUACAAUCAUCCUCGACACCGUCUACGGAACGCGAGUUACUCCACUCGGGUCUGCUGGCCCUCAAGCAGCGCAUGUUUUCGUUUCGGUCAACGGCCAAUCUUUUCCACUGCGUUCAGACCAGGUCGCAGCACUGCAGAUGGGUGA